GCUUGGCCUCGCAAGCAGUUUUUGAUCUCGCGCCUCACAACAUGGCGGUAGCAAUACCUGCUGUUUCCGCAUUCGCGGAAGCAUGCGUAACCAGCAGGGCAGACAUGUGGUCAACAAAUCGUGGGCAUAAUUCCCGCAAGAGGCUCUCAGGCGCUCAAUGGCGACCGCUUGAUCGCCCCGGCACUCAGGAGCCUGCAAAACGCUCGGGCGCGCAGAGGCCUCUGCAGGGCGCUCCGGCGCUCAGAAGCCUCUGCAGAGCUCCCAGGCGCUCAAAUGCCUCUGCAGUACGCUCAGGCGCUCAGAAGCCUCUGCAGAACGCCCAAGCACUCAGAGGCUCCUGCAGAGCGCCCGGGCACUCAGAAGCCUCUGCGAAGUGCCGGGCGCUAAGAAGCCACUGCAGGGCGCUCAGGCGGCCACGAUCCUCUGAAGAGCGCCCGGGCGCUUAAGAGUUUCUGCAGAGCGCCCAGGAGCUCAGAAGCCUCUGCAGAGCUUCCAGGCUUUCAAAAAUGGUGGCAAAGCGCCCAGGCGACAACAAUCCUCUGCAGAGCGCUCAAGCGCUCAGAAGCCUCUGCAGAGCGCUCAGGCGGUCAGAAGUCUCUGCAGAGCGUCCAGGCGCUCAGAAGCCUCUGCAGAACCCUAUGGCGCUCAGAUGCCAGAGCGCUCAGGCGCUCGGAAGCCGGUGCAGGGCACUCAGGCGCUCAGAAGCCUUUGCAGAGCUCUCGGGCGCUCAGAAGCAUUUGCAGAACGCCCGCCCAGGCACUCAAAGGCCUCUGCAGAACGUUCACGCGCUCAAAGCCUCUGCCAAGCGCUCAGGCAUUCAGAAGCAUCUGCAAAGCGCUCAGGCGAUCACAUGCCUCUGCAGAGCGCCCAGGCGCUCGGAUGCCUCUGCAAAGCGCCCAGGCGCUCAAAUGUUCUUUUCUUCCAGAGCGCCCCAGCGCUCAAGCGCCUUUCCUCCGCAGAGCGCUCAAGCGCUCAGAAGCUUAUGCACAGCGCCCGCGCGCUCAGAAGCCUCCUCAGAACCCUAUGGCGUUCAGAAGCCUCUGCAGAGCGCUCAGGCGCACAGAAGUCUCUGCAAAGCGCCCAGGCGCUCAUAAGCCUGUGCAGAGCGCCCGCGCGUUCAGAGCAGAGCGCUCAGGCGCUCGGAAGCCUCUGCAAAGCUUCCAGGCGCUCAGGAGCCUUUGCACAGCGCCCAGGCACCCAGAAGCCUCUGCACAGCGUCCAGGCGCUCAGGACUCUGCAGGGCGCUCGGGCGCUCAGAAGCUUCUGCAGAACGCUCAGCCGCUGUGAAGUCUCUGCAAAGCGAUCAGGCGCCAAGAAGCAUCUGCAAAGCGCUCGGGCAAUCAGAUGCUCUUGCAGAAUGCCCAGGCGCUCAGAAGCCUCAGGCGCCUCUGCAGAGUGCGCACGCGCUUUUGAAGACUGGUUGAAAUCUGGUUGCAAAAAGCCCCGUCUGGGUUGUAAAGUGGUCGCUC